ACUCCAAAAAGCAAACUUUAUAUGGACAGCAUGGCUACAAUAACUGCCGAAAGAGCAAGACAUGUCGCACUCAAAUAUUGGUGGAUAAUACAUCCCUUUAGCUAUGGCAGAUUUUUAUGGGAUACAUUUAUGAUGGCAAUAUAUUUGAUUGCUUUCUUUACGAUCCCUUUUAUGAUAUGCUUCGUCAUAAUGGACUAUGAAUUCAUUACUUUAGACAGAGUAAAUAUUCUAAUUUAUACGAUUUGUUGGUUGGAUAUAACGUUCAAUUGCAUUACGGGAUACUAUGAUUAUAAAAAUAUGUCUGUCGAGGUGAAGCCUACUAAAAUAUUUAUAUCAUAUUUGAAAGGUUUUCUCGUGCCGGAUGUGCUAUCGUCUCUACCGUACGAUCAUAUAACAUUACCGUGGCGAAAACUUCCUGGAGAUAAUCCCCAUCAUAUUGUUAUCUUACUUAACAUAAUGCCUGUCGUGAAGUUAAUACGCUACGAUACCCUUCACGCAAAUAUUCGUUACCUAUUUAUGCAUUUGGAAAUUGAGAAUUUUUAUCUUGAAAUGUGUACUACAUUGUUACUGGGAUUAUAUCUAAUCUUUUGGUUUUCUUGCCUCUGUUAUUUGAUACCAAUCUUAAUAAUGUACCUUCUCAACAUUCCACCAAUAGAAUGCGAGGAGUGUUGGAUGAUGAGAUUGGAAGACACCAGUCUUAGGUACAGAUUAAAAAACGCUAUAUUUAUCGUGCUGGAAAAUAUAUUGGCAAGUGGCUAUGGUUUAUUCAUUCCUGAGAAAAACGUUCAUAUUAUUUUUAAUAAUAUUCUUAUGAUUGUUGGCAGAUUCAUUGUGUGCUAUAUGUUGGUUAUGUUCCUUCGUAUCAAGACUGAAAGAAAAACGUCCGAAUCAAAGUUUCAAGAACUAAUAGAUCAAGUAAAAGCGUAUACAAUACAAAAGCAACUAUUACCACAUAUGAAGAAACGUCUCUUAGCUUAUUAUCAUUACCGUUUUAAGAAUACUUAUUUUCGUGGUAAACGAAUCUUAUCAGAAUUGACAGAACCGUUACGUGAAGAAAUUGCUCUAGAGUCCUGCCGACGAUUAAUCGAGAACGUGGCAAUCUUCAAGAAUUUACCGAAAAACGUUCUGCAGUCAAUAGUGAAAAAUUUAAAAUUCGAAUUGUACCUGCCGAACGAAGUAAUCAUUAAAGCUGGCACUCAAGGUGAUUGCAUGUUCUUCCUGUCGUCCGGAACUGUCGCGGUUCUGACACCAACUGGAAAGGAAAUGUGCCACUUGAGUGACGGUGAUCAUUUCGGCGAGAUCGCGCUCCUGGUGGCGGAUCAGCGGAGGGUCGCCAGCAUCAUCGCGAUCGAAGUCUGCGAAGUAUAUCGACUUGAUCGUAAGGACUUCCGUCAUUGCAUAGACGUGCACAGCGAGCUGUUCGCAGAGAUCGAACGCAUCGCCACGGAACGCGUGGAGAAAACCGUUCGCGUCGAGGAACAGCACAAGCGGUUUUUAAUGCGUCCGAGUCGCGGACCAAAUCUACGCAGCAAGCCAACGGAAACCAGAAUUUGAGUAUACAUGCGGUUUGCUUAAUCUUUCCCGCGAGUUUCUUUUUUUUAUUCUCGAGAAAUUGAAAAAGAAGCGUUGCGAAUUAAUAAUUUUUGCAUAAUUGUUUGUAAUUGAAACAGCGUUUUCUCGAAAUAAAGCUGACUUUUCAUGAAGCGCUUGGUUUUUUAUC